GUCAAGCAGAAAAUCUCCAUUGGAUUUGUAAUACCUAUUUUGUUUUGUAAGUGGAAUUUAUUUUUAACCAACUUGAUAAAACUUCGAGAUCUGAUAUUGGCUUUGUAAUUGUAUGUGGUAUUUUGUCAAAAGUGUGUGGCAGUGCCCGUCAAAUGGCAAUGGCUGUCGUAGCACCCGCUCUCUUUGUUAAUCACGGAGGAGGUCCUUUACCACUUUUAGGAGACAAAGACCAUGCAGGAUUAACAAAGUUUUUGCGCGAUGAAGUUCAGAGACACAUUAACCUAAAUCAAAUCAAAGGUAUAAUUUUAGUGACUGCCCAUUGGGAAGAAAGUGUUGUAACCAUAUCCUCAGGAAGUCAUCAUAGUCUAUACUUUGAUUAUUAUGGUUUCCCUCCAGAAUCUUACAAAUAUAAAUAUGACGCUCCUGGUGAUCCAGAUUUGGCGAAUCGCCUGCAACAAGCACUAAAAAGUAGUGGCAUAGAUUCGAAAUUAGAUCCUAAAAGAGGUUGGGAUCAUGGAGUAUUUGUUCCUAUGAUGUUAAUUAAUCCAAAAGCGGACAUCCCUAUUGUGCAAAUUUCUGUUUUGUCAAACCAAGACCCUGAACAGCAUUAUAGGUUGGGAAAAGCCUUACAUCAGUUCCGGAAAGAUGGUAUAGCGAUAAUAGGAUCAGGCAUGUCCUAUCAUAAUAUGAGAGAGUUCCGAACUCUGAACAGGAGAGAGGUUGUGAAUGAAGAAUUUGAUGAAUUUCUUAAUAGAGUAUGUACUGCUGAAGAUGAGGUUAAAAGAAAAGAAGGGUUUGUUGCUUGGCGACAACAACCGGGAGCCACAGAUGCUCAUCCAUUAUAUGCUGCUGAACACUUUAUGCCAUUAAUUGUUAUUGCUGGAGCAGGUGGAACUAAACCUGGUGAAAGAAUCUUUAACUGGGACUUGAGUGGUGCAUUUAGAUUAAGUGGUUUUAUCUGGAAACAUGAAUGAUUCAACAGCACAGCCUCACUAUAGCAUGAGACUUGAAGCUUUUCUCUGAAAUUUCAUGAUAUUGCCUUUAGAAAUUGUUCUGAAGCUUACAAUACCAAGCAAAAAGGGAUCAAGCAAUAAAAUUGUCAUUUAACAAAUAAAAUGUAUGAAAAUGUAUUGUACCCAUAUAAUUGGAAUGCAUUGGAAUUAAUGCAUUGUUUUAGACAAAAGCCACACACAUUGUUCCACCAUCAGUCACUGCAAGUACGAUUGUCCAUCCAGAACACUUAAUAAAUUAUUGUGUAUCCUGAUGUUACUGGUUACGUUAGAAGUCAAUUUGAACAUCAAUCAGUUUGGGUUGCUAGCUGUGGCAAAAGGCAAUAUUUUAUGAACCGAUUUCAAAUUAAAAAUUCGCUAUAAAAUAAACAAUUAAAUCAAGUUGUAGUUAUUAAUAAUAGGCAAUACUUUAAUUAAAUAGACUUUUUUAUCAAAGGCAAAUUAUUCUAUUAAUUGAUUUAAAAAAAUUUAUUACACUCAAAGUACAAAAAAUUAUGACUCACAAAGACUUGUGUUGUUAAAGGUUGUUAGUUGUUGUUAAUGUUUGUAUUUAUUUGAGCUUCAAAAACGUACAUAUGAUUAUGGAAAAUAUAGGGUUAGCCAGUUUUAUCAAAAAAAUCUAGAAAAUAAAAAGUUUACAGAAACAAAGAAUUUAAUGUGGGGCCAAUUUACACAACAUUUAAUUUUUUUUCUUUUUCUCUUUUUAUUUUAUUUUUUAACGAUAUCACAAUUUUAACAUAAGUACUUACAUUGUUUUAACCAAACUAAGAUUUAUUAUGAUUUAAUGAUAUUACGUACCUAAGUGUAUUAUUUUAUUACGAAAAUCUGUUGAUAAACAUAGGGUUAUGUGGAUGUAGGUACCUAAUUAAUCAUUUUCUUUUCCAAAUAUUUGUUAGUCCUUAAUCGAUGUUAGUUGUUUGUGUAUGGACAGGCAUCAAGAAUUGAGGUCGACAAUCGGUCACUUGUGUUUACCGAUAGGGAAUGCCAAGGUUAGGUCAGAGAUAUUUAUGAAGAUAUAUUAUUUACCUACAUGUAUAUAAGAAAAUAUAUUUUUGGAUAAGUUA